CUGGUGGAGACCCGCCCCGCCAACACCAGCCAACCACAGGCUCCACUUAACACUUUCCCUGUCCCUGGCUUCCCUGUAUCGCAUCUCCGCUUCUCCCCUGUGUGUUGGCAGCCAGUUAUGUAACGUGAUAUCCUUAUUACGACAGUAACUUUAGUGUUUACCGCGUUUAGGAGUGAUGUGUGUGCGGUAGGAGCCGGUCCUGCUCCGCGGCCAUGGCGUCCGUCUACAGCGGCUCUCACACCUUGAGCAAGGAUGAUGUCAACUACAGGAUGCAUUUCCGAAUGAUAAACGAGCAGCAGGUGGAGGAUAUCACCAUAGAGUUCUUCUACCGACCACACACCAUCACGCUGCUCACCUGCACGGUGCUCAGCUUGAUGUACUUCGCCUUCACCAGAGAUGAUGGGAAUCCUGACAGUAACCUCUGGGUGGGAUUCAUCCUGGUUGUGUCUUUCUUCCUUGUCAUCAGUGUUUUGGCAUUUCCCAACGGUCCAUUUACCAGACCACAUCCAGCAAUAUGGCGGAUAGUGUUUGGUCUGAGCGUGCUGUACUUCCUAUUCUUGGUUUUCAUCAUCUUCCUCAACUGGCAGCAGGUGAAGCAGCUCAUGUACUGGUUAGAUCCAAACUUGCGCUAUGCCAAGAGAGAAGCAGAUGUAAUGGACUAUGCUGUCAACUGCCAUGUCAUCACCUGGGAGAGAAUCCUGAGCCAUUUUGACAUUUUUGCAUUCAGCCAUUUCUGGGGCUGGGGUAUGAAGGCCCUCCUGAUUCGAAGCUAUGGCCUCUGCUGGACCAUCAGUAUUACCUGGGAGCUCACUGAGCUGUUCUUCAUGCAUCUGUUGCCUAACUUUGCUGAGUGUUGGUGGGACCAAGUCAUUUUGGAUAUUCUCUUGUGUAAUGGAGGGGGAAUCUGUCUUGGCAUGACUGUCUGUCGCUUUUUGGAGAUGAGGACAUACCACUGGGCCAGUAUUAAGGACAUCCACACCACCACAGGGAAGAUUAAACGAGCAGUGUUACAGUUCACCCCCGCCAGUUGGACAUAUGUACGCUGGUUUGACCCAAAGUCCUCUGUGCAGAGAGUGAUGGGCGUGUAUCUGUUCAUGAUCAUAUGGCAGCUAACAGAGUUGAACACAUUCUUCCUCAAACACAUUUUCGUCUUUCCUGCAAGUCAUCCUCUGAGCUGGUGUCGAAUCCUCUUUGUCGGUAUCAUCACAGCUCCAACCGUGAGGCAGUAUUAUGCAUACCUUACAGACACACAGUGCAAAAGAGUUGGGACACAGUGCUGGGUCUUUGGGGCCAUUGCCUUUCUGGAAGCCUUGGCAUGUAUUAAGUUUGGACAGGACUUGUUCUCCAAAACCCAGAUCCUCUAUGUGAUCCUCUGGCUUCUGUGCUUGGCCUUCAUUACCUUCCUGUGUUUAUCUGGAAUGAUGUGGUACGCCGAAACAUAUGGUCCAAGGGGAAAGAGCUUUUCAGAAUGCGAGGACAGUUUCUACGCAGAGUCUCCUGACCAUGUGGCAGAAGUAGUAAAAGGCAAGACAGGCGUGGAUGGCAACAGCCCUACAACCAGGCGAAGAGGGAAGGGCUCGGGAAAGAGCAAAUCCAUUAAUGGUCUCAACAGCCAGUAGGAAUCAAAGUAGUUAGCCUUGCUGCCGAACUUCUCUGAAGAGGCAAGAAUGAGAAUGGGGUAAAGAUGCAACUACUUCACAGUGAAAUUUAAGUCUACAAAGCCCCCGACUACAGUGGAGGGAGGGGAGAUGGGGGGAAAAACAAAAUAAGUGGAUGAACAGGUCCAUGCUGUGUUAGGAGUGCACAGGUACUCAGACUAUGGAGAUGAUGAAGAUGUAUACUGGCAUGUGAGUUGCAGUCAAGAGGCCCCUAAACCACUAAUAACAGGCUUCUUUUGUGUGAGAAAGUGAAGAAGAAAGGGUGUGAGACAAUAAAAACUGCCUAUUAUAGAUGUGACUGCAUGCGCACUGUAGCUGAUAAUUUACACUCUUCCUAUGAUAUAUCAUUGAGGAUUAAUUUACAUUUAACUAGUUUACACUGGCCUAACUCAAGUAUGUUGGUUCAACACAUGUCAAUAUUGAAAGCCAUUACAUUGAUUUUUUUUUUUUUGCUUAAAUUGGAGCUUGUAUGUUUAUAGGACAGAUGUCGUUUUAAAUAAUUUGUGUGUGUGUGUGUGUGUGUGUGUGUGUGUGUGUGUGUGUGUGUGUGUGUGUGUGUGUGUGUGUGUGUGUGUGUGUGUGUGUGUGUGUGUGUGUGUGUGUGUGUGUGUGUGUGUGUGUGUGUGUGUGUGUGUGUGUGUGUGUGUGUGUGUGUGUGUGUGUGUGUGUGUGUGUGUGUGUGUGUGUGUGUGUGUGUUCUGUCACUGGUUAUUUACAUCAUAGAUGUUCACUAUAUCCUGUUUUUUUUUAACUUGAAUGUGCGCAGGAUUUCAAUGCAAAACAGCUUGAGCUCAGUAAGAUCAUUGACUGAGGUUGAUCUGUAAUGAAGCAAAGCACACGGUUUAAGCACUUUGCAGAAUGUUUCCUUGAAAACUGUACCCUUUUUUUUUAUGUUUCAGUAUUUUUGAAUCAUUGUGAUGUUAAGUGACUUUACUUUUCCUGUCCAUCUGUGGCUGCUAUCAUUUUUAUUUGUACAUGUUACUGUACUGAUAAGAGAGGGCAAUUAUUAAAAUUCCUGCAUGUUUUUUGUUUUUUUUCCAUGUUCCUCUCGCUAGAAUGCAGUUAACUUUCUUUUUCUAUUGACCUUCCUGUUUAAUAUACUGCGUCUGCAUGACUGUCAAAUCAAAUGUUUUAUUAGGAAAAUGUUACAACAGUAGUACGAAUCUUUGUAAAGCCUACACAACACAGCAGAGCACCAGUAUUGUUUGUGUUUCACUCAUUGUAAUGUGUUAAUUCACCCUUUGUGCCUGUUUGCAUGGAAUUAUAUUUUAUGCCUAACUUUUUCUCACUUCGUACUAAGGCUAAAUUUGUUGGGGUUUUUUUCUGUUUGUUUGAUUGCUCUGGUCCUGAGUGCUUUAUUGAAGGGUUCUUGUCAUUUGCUCUGUCAGUAUCAUCUCAACACGGACAUCUCCCUCAUAAUCCUUGACAAUCCAGACGGUGGCCUCGGUGAACCGGGCUCCCGUGCUCCAGUAGGCAUUAUAUAAAGAGUACAUUGUCUGUGGAUUUAGAUGUCAUUUGCCAAAAACAAUUAUGCUGAGAAAAAAAGACUUCUGCUGUUGUUUUUCACUGUGAAAUAAGGCAACAUAUUAAAAUGUUUUACACUUCCUCUUAAA